AUGCCCAACCCUUCUCCUUUACGCAGGCUUGGGACCGGUAGUAACUCCGGAACAGAUACAGGCCAAGUUUUUCUGUGUCCUUCCAAUAUAAUUUCUAACGCAGCUUUUGCUUCACGUGUUGCUUCAGCUUCAGCUGCCAUAGAACGUUGUAAUUGUAAUGGUAAACGUACAUCUUUAAUUUCAACACGUUCAACUUUCAUACCCCAUAUAUCAGUUGAUGAAUCUAAUGUUUCUUGCAUUAAUUCAGCUAUAUGUUCACGUUCUGUUAAUAAUGCACACAUAUCUAUUGUACCUAAUACAUUACGUAAUGUUGUUUGAGCUAAUAAACGUGUAGAAUAAUAAGCAUUUUUAACAUUAACAACAGAUAAAAUUGGAUUAAAUAUACGAUAAUAUACAACAGCUUCAACAGCAACAGUUACAGAAUCUUUAGUUAAUACAUCUUGUGUUAAUACAUCAAAUGUAUAUGUACGUAAAUCAACACGUUUUACAACAUCUAAACAAGGUAUAAUACAUAAUAAACCUGGACCAAUUGGAUCAUUUAAUAUUAAACGACCUAAACGAAAUAUUACCGCUCUUUCAUAAUGUCUUAUAACAUAUAAACAAAAUAUUAAUGAGAAUGGUAAUGUGAUAAAUAAAAAUAAAUAACUAAAAAAUAUUAAAAUACGUUCACAAUAUAAUAGAAUUAAAUGAUUCGAUAAAUCAUUUGAUUCAGGAUAAGAUGAUGGAGUUGAUGGUGAUUGAAUAGUUGGUCUAUUCAUCAUAUAUAAUGAAUCAGAGGACAAUGUUGAAUAACGAUGUGUUUGGUGUUGUUGUUGUUCUGGUGAUGUUUACGACGACUUUGUUGUGAUUUCAUUUCUAUGAAAUGGUUUGACCUAUUCUUUUCAAUAGAAUCAUUA